AAUAAAAAAGUGAGACACAGACAUGGCUUUUUUUUUAUUUUUUUCCUUUCUUUCUUUCCAUCUUUAAAAUGUAAGCUCGCUACUUUAUUAAGUUGAGGCUUGAGACGAGGAGGAUAAGUAAAGAGUAUAACCAGAGAGGAAGAGAGGUAAGACUCGAGCAUUAAUUUGUGGGUAUUAUCAAACAAAUUUAUUAACAUAUAUUGCACCCAUCUUUGGGAUUGUCAAAGUCUUCAAAAAAAUAUUUACAUUAUGGAGCCUGCGAAUCUCCAUUCCCAGCACCAGCUCCGAGAACAGUAUGGAGGAACUUAUUCUUCUUUAUUAUUUCAACCAGAGUACAAGGUUUCAAGCACCAAAGACAUGAACCCAGACAUCUUUUUGGAGUCUUGGCAACCAAAUAGAGGUUCCAUGUAUCCUGCGGGCUUGAUGAGUUUCUGUGAAGCUGCUGCACCCCGCUGUUUCAGCCAACAAUCUGCCAAUGAGUUGCUGCAGCAAUAUUCUUAUCAUCGCGAUCAUCUUGGUGAAAAUCACUGGCUCAGCAACUUCUGUUCUGCUCACCAUAUCACACAACUACAUCUUUCACCUGGAGUAGAUCAGCUACAGUCUAAUAAUAAUCCGCAAAACUGCACAAGUACUUUGGAAAGAUCAUCAUCAUCUACUCCUAGCAGAUAUAACUUCAGCCAUAUUCUACCAAGUAUAAAUAUCUCAAACUCGGAUUUGGACUUAAACUUGCAAGCUGUGGAACUUUUAAUCCCUAAAUAUGAUGCUGCCAGCGCCAGUUCCAGCCAACAAGCUUCACAAAAUACUACUUUUGGUCAUUUCAUGGGAGAACUCUUUAAAGAAAGUAGUCCUGCAAGUAGCUCAAACAAAGCUUCAGCCUUUGAAGAUGCAAUUCAGAGAAAAAAGAGAUCUAGCAGUUUUGUCCAAGCUAAAAAGGAGCAUCAGCCACCGUCACGAUCCUCAUGCCCACAAUUGAAGGUUAGAAAGGAGAAACUAAGAGAAAGGAUUGCAACUCUUCAAAGGUUGGUGGCACCUUAUGGCAAGACAGAUACUGCAUCUGUAUUGACAGAAGCUAUUGGGUACAUCCAAUUUCUUCAUGACCAAGUGCAGACAUUGAGUGUGCCGUACAUGAGGUCAUCAAACAGCAAGCCAACCAGAACAAUGCAAGUGAAUUCAAGCGAGGAAGAUGGGAAGGGACAACCGAAGAGAGAUCUUUUAAAUAGAGGGUUAUGCCUUGUACCCUUAUCUUGUGUCUCAUUCUUCAAUAUUUACGGUGGUGGAAUUUGAAUAUUGAUGUAUAUAAGAAAAAAUAAUGCUGAAAUUAUGAAAGUUCAAGACUUCAUACUUAAGAGCUAGCUAGGCUCAAGGUUGUGUGAGAAGGAAGGUUCUCUAAGUGAAAUUUUUUAAUUUUCUGGUGUGUUAUCCAUUUUCUUGGGAAAA